AUGACCACCAACCCAGCCUACACCCUCCCCCCACCCAACCACGCCGCCCUGCUGAUCUCCCUCAACGCCCGCCCCCUGUCCAUCGAAGAAACCCCCGACCGCUACCCCAACGAAAACGAACUCGUGAUCCGCGUCCACGCCGUCGCAAUCAACCAAAUCGACUGGAAGAUGCAAGACGAACCCUGGACAGAUUUCAAGUACCCGCUGAUCCUAGGCGUCGAUGUUGCCGGGGAAGUCGUGCAUGUUGGCAGCCAAGUCAACGACAGCGCCGAGGGCCUCCACCAGAUUACCGUCGGCGGCCGCGUCGCAGGGCACGCGCUGCGCCUUGCAACGGGCGAUGAUCGCCACGCCGCGUUUCAGGAACAUGCCGUGCUGUGGAAUAAUAUGGCCGCUGUGAUCCCUGCGGGUAUGCCCUUUGAGCAGGCUGUCGUGCUGCCGCUGGGUGUUUCGACGGCGUCGGCGGCGUUGUUUCAGCCGGUGCCGGAUGGGAUGGGAUUAGAGCUCCCGACGCUGGACCAGGAGCAGCGGGAUAGGGUGUCUGCGACUAAGGCGGCGGUUCUGGUUUGGGGUGCGACGAGCAGUGUCGGGAGUAAUGCUGUGCAGAUGGCGGCUGCGGCGGGGUAUGAUGUGAUUGCGACGGCGUCGAGGACAAACUUUGAGACUGUGCGGCGGCUGGGGGCGAGGGUUGUGAUUGAUUAUAGGAGUGAGGGCGAGGAAGUGGUCAAGCAAGUCCGAGAGGCGCUUGUAAGAGGGGGACAUCUCGUGGGUAUCUUUGAUGCGAUCGGGGCGAAAGGUUCGAUUGGGCCGAUACUCAAGAUCUUUGAGGCGGACCCGCCAAUCUACGCAGUCAAGAGGGUUCAUACGACGGGGGAUGGGGUGGAUGAUGAUUGGAAGUUGACAGUCCCACACGGCGUGGAAGUGCAGCCGAUCCAGGCGAUUGAUAUUCGGGGGGAGGAGGGAGAGGACCGAGCUGAAACUGUGGGAUGGAAGAUCUACAGGGACUUUCUUCCCAAGGCCUUUGAAGCUGGCAUGUAUGAAACCUUUCCUGAGCCGGCCGUUGCUGGUGAGGGUCUUGGGUCGAUUCAAGCUGCACUCGAGACCAGCAAAAAGGGCCGCGGGGGGAAGGUCGUUGUCACCAUCAAGUGA